UCUGGCUCAGAACCUUGUAAUUAUCCAUUAGUAGAGCCAUCUGGAUUACUGCAAUAGUUCUCUAAUAGGCCUUCUUUCUUUUCCUUGUCCCUCAAAAUCUAUAAUAUAGUCUCCCAUCAGAGUGUACCUUUUAAAAGUGAGUCAGGUCAUAUCACUUGUCUGCUCCAAUCCCUCCAGUGGGUUUUUAGUGAUGCCUUUCUUGUACCACCCUAUUAAAAACCUCCAUCCCUGCCCCUGCCCUUAUUUGUUAUCCUUUAUCUGCUUUAUUAUCUCCAUAGCACUUAUCACCUACGUAUCAUAACACAUAUUUGACUUGUUUUUUAUCUGCUCCCAUUGGAAGGCAGGCAUCUUUGUUCCCUGCUGUUAUCUCAGAUUCUACAAUGGUGCUUGGCACAUAGAAAACACUCAAUAUCAGCAGCGUAAGAGAGGGAAAAAUGAAAAAGGAAAAGCACUCAAUAUGUAUUUUUGAAUAAAUGAAUUAGUGUGUUUGUUAUGGCAAUUUAUGAUAAUCAAGGGGUUAGGUACUCAUCACUGCUAACAGUUAAUUGAGCAUUGUCUCAGUUAAUUGAGUUAAUGUUUAAGCUUUCUGCAUGUUUCAUUUAAUACCCACAACCACCUGUGAUGUAGUUCCUUAUUUUUUCCAUUUUACCGAGUAGAAAACCGAGGACUAGAAGCCGAUUCCCACAGCACGUUUCAGUUGAGUUGGAUUUUGUUUCCCUGGGCCUGCCUCUUCAUAAAGGGACUGGACUAAGAAUACUCUUGACCAGCCCGUAAGAACUUGGCACUCGUCUCAGUAAUCUGAGCUAGUAGGGUUUGGCGUCCAUAGCAACCAUGGCGACAGGACGCGCUCAAGCGAGAACCAAAAAGCGAGAACAGGUACAAGGCCAAACCUUCUACAUUCACAGACACCUAUCAAAUCCCGAGCAUGGAACACCAAAUUAGAACGCUGACUAGUGCCUGGUAAUGUAGAAAAUACCCAAGUUAAAACGGUAACAGAGUGACACAGCAGCCAUUGAAGAUGUUCCACUUAAGGCACCGACAGGCGUCACGUGACGGGCGGGGAACGCCCACCGCCCGGGCCUAGCGCAGCUUCCUCCGCCCACCACGGAAGUGGGGCGGGGAUACUAACGCGGCGGACCCGGGUGGACGGAAGUGGCUGUUGGAGGCUUUAAGGUAGCUUUAAAUUCGUGCUGUCCUGGGAGUUCGCCCCUUUCGGCUGGAGUCGGGCUUUGCGGCGCCGGAUGGCUCUGGACGUGAAGUCUCGGGCAAAGCGUUAUGAGAAGCUGGACUUCCUUGGAGAGGGACAGUUUGCCACGGUUUACAAGGCCAGAGAUAAGAAUACCAACCAAAUUGUCGCCAUUAAGAAAAUCAAACUUGGACAUAGAUCAGAAGCUAAAGAUGGUAUAAAUAGAACAGCCUUAAGAGAGAUAAAAUUAUUACAGGAGCUAAGUCAUCCAAAUAUAAUUGGUCUCCUUGAUGCUUUUGGACAUAAAUCUAAUAUUAGCCUUGUCUUUGAUUUUAUGGAAACUGAUCUAGAGGUUAUAAUAAAGGAUAAUAGUCUUGUGCUGACACCAUCACACAUCAAAGCCUACAUGUUGAUGACUCUUCAAGGAUUAGAAUAUUUACAUCAACAUUGGAUCCUACAUAGGGAUCUGAAACCAAACAACUUGUUGCUAGAUGAAAAUGGAGUUCUAAAACUGGCAGAUUUUGGCCUGGCCAAAUCUUUUGGGAGCCCCAAUAGAGCUUAUACACAUCAGGUUGUAACCAGGUGGUAUCGGGCCCCUGAGUUACUAUUUGGAGCUAGGAUGUAUGGUGUGGGUGUGGACAUGUGGGCUGUUGGCUGUAUAUUAGCAGAGUUACUUCUAAGGGUUCCUUUUUUGCCAGGAGAUUCAGACCUCGAUCAGCUAACAAGAAUAUUUGAAACUUUGGGCACACCAACUGAGGAACAGUGGCCGGACAUGUGUAGUCUUCCAGAUUAUGUGACAUUUAAGAGUUUCCCUGGAAUCCCGUUGCAUCACAUCUUCAGUGCAGCAGGAGACGACUUACUAGAUCUCAUACAAGGCUUAUUCUUAUUUAAUCCAUGUGCUCGAAUUACGGCCACACAGGCACUGAAAAUGAAGUAUUUCAGUAAUCGGCCAGGGCCAACACCUGGAUGUCAGCUGCCAAGACCAAACUGUCCAGUGGAAACCUUAAAGGAGCAAUCAAAUCCGGCUUUGGCGACAAAAAGGAAAAGAACAGAGGCCUUAGAACAAGGAGGAUUGCCCAAGAAACUAAUUUUUUAAAGAGAACACUGGACAACAUUUUCCUACUGAAGGAAAUAACCAAAAAAGGCAAAUAGUGGAAAAAUAGUAAACAUUAAGUAAAUGCUGUAGAAGUGAGUUUGUAAAUAUUCUACACAUGUAAAAUAUGUAAAACUAUGGGUUUUUUUUAUUAAAUGUAUUUUAAAAUAAAAAUUCUGUUUUUUCUGAUUAGACUGCAAAAGUGAGAAAAGUCCAAUUCUCUUGAAAUGUAGAAUUGAAAACGCAGUAGGGAAAACUUCAUAAAAAUUAUUACCAGUUAUUU